AUGUAUCCUACCAAACUAAGCUCGUGUGUAAUCGUGCAUUUCUCCCCGGGCAGACCUACAGCAAUUGUCCAUGUCGGCAAAAACUCUCUGACACAACGGUCUCCUGCAAACCGUCACCACUACUUUGACAUUGAGUAUAGAGGAAAAGGUACUAAGCCGUUGGUCCAUAGCACGAUAAUUUCUCCCACCUAUAAAACGUUCGCGGCACUAGGCCCGAGAACAAACGAGCCCUCGCUAGAACCUGCUGCUCAUGCUCGCGGAGCUGCGGAGCUGGAGCCGGAGCUACUACAAACCUCGCGAUAUAACAGCCCUGCCGUCUUGGAUUGGAGAUUUGCGACCCCUGGAGCCCUCGAUCUUAAAUGCCUUCUUCGACAACCAAGUACCUUGCCGACUCGCCCAUCUAUCGACGUGCAUGAGGCCGGGAGUUUCAAGGCCAAUACUGUUGCACUGACAAAAAUGGAAGUGUGUUGUGAAGGAUUUGAAAACCCGGGAAUUCAUUCCACAAGCAUUAUCGUAGAGCAAAGCGGGAUGCGAUUUUUGGAGAUUGAGCGCUGGUGUAGUUGUGUAGUUCCGACUGCCUACCUUGUUUGGGCGAGCUGCAUGUCUGUGACUGCUGGGAGUAGCGAGCUGGAUUCAGAGGAUUGCUUGGGCGUCCGGCGUGAUGCACGCUUUGUCCUAGCAGGUGAGACAGGCUGA